AUGGGCUUUCAGAAUGCAGGCGUUGACGUCUCCGAGACGGGUACGGAGCGCAAUGACUCCGUUCUGCCCGUGUCUGAUCUAGAGCAAGGGGCACCUAACGAGGGUGCAUUCAAGUAUAUCGCCAAGGUCAUUCCGUACUUCAGGAAUCGAAGAAAUGUGUUGGUAUUUAAGCUGGACUGCCUCCUCCUUCUCUGGAUGUUCGUCGCCGGCCUGAUGAAAGAAAUGGACCAAUCGGCAACAACGCAGGCCUACGUCUCGGGCAUGCGGGAGGCUCUUGGCCUCUACGGCAACGAGCUUGUCAUGUUCACCACGUUCUUCUCGAUCGGGUAUGCGUUGGGUCUUGUCCCUGGGCAGCUUAUCCAGACCAGGUUCCGGCCCUCGAUAUUCCUCCCGUUGUGCGAAAUCACCUGGGGCCUCCUUGUCCUCUUCACAUAUAAGGCUCCCAACGCUCAGACAGUGUAUGGCCUUCGCUUUUUCCUAGGCCUUUUCUCGUCCGCCUUUUGGCCGAGCGUGGUGUCACUCAUCUUUAACUGGUAUACUCCAACCGAGCUCGCGCUCCGCCUCGCAUUCUUCAAUGUCUCCGACGUCGCUGGGGCCAUGUUCCUCGGUGCGCUACAGGCCACCCUAUAUACCAACAUGAAUGGCGUCCACGAUUUGAGAGGUUGGCAGUGGUUAUUCAUUAUCGCCGGGUCCAUCACCGUGGGCCAAGGCCUGCUCGGCUUCUUGACCAUCCCGGAUUCACCAGCCAACACCCGAGCCCUCUGGCUCACCCCGGCGGAGAGGCGGCUUGCCCAGCUGCGCAUGGGGGAGUCAGGUAUCAACACGACAGUCCGCAUUCCCGCCUCCGUGCUGAGGAAGAAGCUCCGACACAUAAUCGUCCACCCGAUCACCUACUUCUUCCUCUUCGCCUUCGCCCUCGCGGCCUGGUCCCACCGCGCCAACUCGUACUUCGUGCUCUACCUCGAGAGCCUGGGCUACGACACCUACCACGUGAACAUCAUCCCGCUCGGCGGCUACGCACUCCAGAUCGUCACCAGCCUCGUGUUCAACGGCCUCUCGGACUGGAAGCACUGGCGGUGGCAGAUCAGCAUCGGGUCCGCGUGCGCCCUCGGCGUGUGCCUGAUCGUGCUGUGCGCCUGGCCGCCCAACAGCACCGCCGUCCUGACCUUCUACUUCCUGACCUACGCCACCAACGCCGGCGCGCCGAGCCUGAUGGCGUGGAUGGGCGAGAUCCUGCGCAAGGAGCCCGAGGCGAGGUCCAUCAUCGUGGCCAUCACCGUCACCAUCGUGUACGUCGGCCAUGCGACCAUUCCGCUGCGGGCGUGGCGCGUUGCCGACUCGCCCAGGUAUCCGAUCGGGUUCCCGCUCGUGACUGCGUUCACGGCGGCGUCGAUUUGUGUGCAGCUGGGGAUGUUGUGGUGGGAUAGGCGGCACCCUGAUGUUGCUGACCGUGGCUUUGAGAAGCAGGCCAUCCCGGCUGAUCAUUUUGAUGAUGGACACAAAGUUUCGAACAAAGAGGAGCCCGUAUGA